ACUCGCCAUUUUUUAUAACAGUUAUGUAUUUACAGUUUGUGAUUUAAAACGAAGAAAAGCUCUUUUUGAACAUCAAAAUGUAACAUAAUCCCUAAACUGACAAUAUGAUGAGAACAAUCUUUCAUCCGGACUUUGUACAAUCCAUUUUCUGACUUAUUCUAUAAAUUUAUAUAUUAAGCAUUUAAAAAAAGUUAUACUUUUUAUCAUCAAAAUGUUUAACGGUAGCGGUUUCUUCGAAAAAAGACCCCUCAAAAAGCCAAGAAUUGGACCCCCUGAUGUUUACCCUCAAGAACCGAAACAAAAGGAAGAUGAAUUGACCAGUAGCAAUGUGAAACAUGGUUUUCUCACAAUGACACAACUCAGUGAUGAGUUCGGUACAGCAAGAAAUUGUAAUGUUACCUCGAAUAAGGUUGGUGCUUAUUUCAAUGAAAUUAUUGCGGAAAAAGAGAAGUUUAGUAUGCUGCCAGAUUCUGGUAGGAAGAAGCAGCAAAUAAAUCCUAAGGACAAUUUUUGGCCAGCUACUGGUCGUACAAAAAAUGCCAUUGAAGCCUGGUUCAAGGACUUGGCAGGAAAGAAACCUCUAAUGAGUUUAUCGAAAAAAGCUCCAAAUUUUAAUAAGAAGGAGGAAAUUUUUAUGUUAUUGUGUGAAUAUCAAGUUCCUAUGAUGAGAGCAGCUUGGUUCAUUAAGCUAAGUUCCGCUUAUACUGCUUAUACAGUUUCAGAGGCAAAAAAUAAGAAAAGGCAAAUGCCAGAUCCUACAACUGAAUGGUCCAGCACACUUCUCAAGUUUUUGAAGGACCAAAUACCAAAACUACAAGAUCAUUACUCCCAAAUUGAGAAGUCCAACGUUAAUCAGGGUAUAACUGCUCCUGUUAAUAGUGAAGCAGAACAAAAUCUUGCUUAUCGUCAUUGGAUAUAUUGCACUAGGCUACUUAAAUACAUGUAUGAGGAAGGUCUCACUGAUCCACAGGAAGUACUCAAUUGGAUUAUAGAUCUUCUUGAAAAGGUCAGGGUUCAGCCAGUAGAUGAUGGUAUUUUGAGGUUAUUUUUACCAUUAACAAUGCAAUAUAUGGAAGAAUUCACUCAGUCUGAACUUUUAUCCAGGAGAUUGGCAUUAUUUUGUGCUAAAAAAUUAAAUCAGAUGUUGUCACAUCCCAGUAAUGAAGUAACUAAUUGUCCUCCUAGCGAAGUUAAAACAGAAACCAAAGAAACUACUGAAGGUGAAAAAAAGGAAAAUAUACCACCUAAUUCACUUUCUGCUUCUCUGAUGGAGUACCAAAAUUGCCCACUUCAUAGAGAUAUGGUUAUUCAGUUGAGUUCCAUAAUACAUUCCAUAAUGUUAGAAUGUCCUACCAGUUUAGUUUGGUGUGGAGCUGGGGUAGAUACCAUUUGGCACGGUUCACCUCUAGAUAAACUAUCAAUAAAUCCUUCUUCUCUUCCUAUGCCUGCAAGGUGUGAUAUGAACACUUAUCGGAAACAAAUCAAAUAUGCAGAAAGUGUAAUCAAAGAAAGAAGUAAAAAAGCUAAAGGAAGAUGGUGCACUAAAAAGUGGCAGGAGUCAUCAUCAACAGGUAUUAUGACUGCAAGAGUUUUGAGUGCAUUAGAUGCUUUGGAUAGACAUAAAUUUGACAGAAUGGACUCUACAAACUCCUUAGAAACUUUAUAUGCAAAGGUAUUCAAUGAGAGUAACGAUCAAGAAGACGCUGUUGUAAAACUAUUAUGCGAAUGGGCUCUUUCACCUGAAAGAACUGGUGAACAUAGGGCUCUGGCUGUCGCUGCUCUACUCGAUAGAAGACAGUCUGAUUCGUCCACGAACGCUGAUCAAGAAACUACCGCUAAUGACGACAAAGAUUCAAACUGUUCUGUUCCAGCUGGUCCACCAAUGUUUCAAUCUCUUUUGAUGAAAUUUUUGGAUAACGACGCGCCAGUGCCUUCACCUGAAGAUUGCCCUGCCAAAAAGAUAGCGUUUUCGAACUUGGUGCAUCUAUUUUCAGAAUUAAUACGUAGAGACGUAUUUUCACAUGACGCUUACAUGUGUACGUUAAUCUCCAGAGGUGAUCUUCUAGGUCUCGAAGAAAUCACGGAUGUAAGCCAUUCUAAGAUAGAGGUACCAUUAUAUAAUGACUAUCCAGUUCACAAAUCUCAACAACAGAGUUUUCAGGACCAUUCCCAGGCCAUGGAUUACGACGAUGCCAACAUCGAUCAUGAUCUAGAUAAAAUUUUGCAAAAUAUAAAGGAGGACCAGCAGAAUUCUAUGGAUGUACCUGAUAGCCCUAAGGAGCACGAUCACAGUCAUCACUCGCAUAAUCAGUCGACGAUAGGACAUGUCCCCAUGGAAACAGAUCAUAACGAUAUGAAAAUUAAACCAUCGAGACACUUAUUGUACACAACGCAUUUUCCGCUGUCCCAGGACGACCCGUUUUCGCAACACGAUUGCAAUCAGCGCCACGUUCUCUUAUACGGAGUGGGUAAAGUGAGGGAUGAAGCCAGACACACUGUCAAAAAAAUGUCGAAAGAAAUUUGCAAGCUCUUUUCCAAGAAAUUCAGUAUCGAUGUUGCAGAAGGUGGUAAAGUCAAGAAACAUUCUAGGAAUGAAUUCAAUUUCGAGGCCACCACACAAAAGUGCCAAAGUUUGAGCUAUUUCGAUCAGCAUGUGGUCACUUGGCAAUGUAGCGUUACCGUGAUCGAAAUGUUGAAUUCCUUCGCUACCGGUAGCUCGAGUUAUUUACCCGUUCAAGAACACGUUGCUUUUCUCUUUGAUCUCAUGGAACUGGCUCUGAAUAUCUAUGGAUUGAUAGAUGUGUGUAUUCAGAUAUUGAAGGAACUUCCGGAGGUCGAAAUGCAAUUGUACAUGAAGAAUUCCGUUCUGACUAGAAACUACACGACUUCCUUGAGCUUGUACGUUGUAGGCGUUUUGAGGAGGUAUCAUUGCUGCUUGUUGUUGUCUCCGGAGCAGACGACAGCAGUUUUCGAAGGUUUAUGCAAAGUUGUCAAACAUGUUACGAAUCCGGGGGAUUGUAGUUCGGCGGAACGAUGCAUUCUGGCUCAUCUAUUCGAUCUCUACUCCUCUUGUAGCUUGUUAAAAUCCAAGCCGCAUACACUUGAGCCGUUCAGCAAUGCCUAUCCGAAAAUAAGACAGGCGCUUUACACGGCUCUGCAACCUACGCCAAGUAGCAACCACGUUUAUAAUGCGCAAUUCAUGCAGGAGAUAUUUGCUAGUCCUAGAAGAGGUGGUCGCAUUGAAUCUUCAUGGGCAAGGCAGUUGAACGAGAAUGUUAAUAAUAGGUAUUCAUUAGUGAUUAACGCCAUCUUACAUGUCUGUCGAGAAGUUGAUAAUGAUCGUUUGAAUGAUCUCGCCAUAAUGUGCGCUGAAAUGACUGCUUGUUGUAACACUCUUGCAUCUGAAUGGUUGGGGGUAUUGUUGGCUCUUUGCUGUCCAAUGUCGCAUCCUGGUUACUAUACAGAAGUUUUGACAAGCUUAGACGUUCAGGAUAUUAGCAUACACAACGCUUUGGCUGUCUUUACUUGUAUCCUCAUAGCGAGACACUGUUUUUCCUUGGAAGACUUUGUCGGUAAAGUAGCCCUGCCAAGCCUAUUGAAGGUGAAAUCUCUGGAUAAUGGAGGGGGCGUUGCAGAGGGCGGCAUGCGUUUAACCUGCCACCUAUUGCUUCGUUUGUUCCGAACAGCUGAGGGUCCACAGCCGGGACUGUAUUCCGUGGGUUCGCCCCCGUUGACGGCGCCUAGGCCCCCGUUGGGUGUGAGAUUGAGCUGUGAUAGGCAUCUGUUGGCGGCCGCGCACAGAAACAUACACGUUGGUCCGGUCCUGGCCGUUUUGAAAGCGGUUCUGGUGGUAGGCGAUGCAACAGCCAGAGAAGGCACCGAACUGAGCAUAUCCCAUAUAUUGGGCACGAGCGAUCUCAUGAACGGUGGAGAUGGUCCAACUUUGGAUUUGGCGAUUGACUUGGAAACUUGUGGAUCAAGGACCACUCAUAGGCAAUCGAGUACAGGAAACGCUGAGAGUACCGCCUCUUUGUCAGCUUUUGCCUGUCAUGUCUUGAGGGAAAUUUGCUCCCAACAGUGGGUUUUGGAGAGAUGCCUCAGCCAUCCGGAAGAACUUUGCGAUAUGGACAAUUUGUUGGAUCCCCUUCUAUCCCAUUCCCAGGCACAAAGGUUGCUACAUAUGAUUUGUUAUCCAGAGGCGGGUAUCAAUUAUGACGAACUGGAUCAGAAGAGCAUGAUCAGUAGGAUUUUAGAGAAUUUAGAACAGUGGACGCUGAGGAUGUCAUGGCUAGACUUGCAACUAAUGUUCAAACAGUUCAGUCCCAAUUCCCAGGAAUUGUCCCAGUGGCUCGACACCGUUGCCAAGGCAGCCAUAGACGUGUUUCAACUGAACGCGCCAAGUUCGAGAUCACCCCGUUCGGACGAAAAGAAAAACCACCUGAAGAACAGAAACUACAACUCGAUCUGGCUGGUAGCUCCCUUAGUUUCUAAACUGCCCAGCGCCAUUCAAGGCAGGAUAUUGAAAGUGGCCGGUCAGGUGUUGGAAAAUGCGGCCUGGUGUCGCGAGCAAAAAACUAAGGGAAAAAAGGAGACCGAACAGCAGAGCAUACUGACACACCAGCCGUUUUUGAGCUUGGUACUCACUUGUCUGAAGGGACAAGAAGAGGGUUUGAGAGAGGGACUUUUGUCUUCGUUACAUCAACAACUGAGUCAACUCGUACAACUUGCCAAAGAGGGUCAUAUCCAAGAUAUUUGCAAUAAUGUGCGAACUUUGGAUAAUCUUCAGUUGCGGUUCGCUUUAGUCGGUGGCGUUUUUGAAGCAUUCCAAAAAAAUCCUUCCGCGACAAAUGACUGGGUGUUGUUGCUUGUUCAGUUAGUUACCAACGGUUUGAUUGAUCUUCAUACUCAUAGUUCCUUAUUCACCACCGUCAUUGAUAUGCUGGCUACUCUCAUUCACUCUACGCUAGCUGCUGAAAGUCAAGAUGACGGAAGAAAAAUUUAUCUGAAUCUUAUGAAGAAACUGAAAAAGGAAGUGGGAGAUAGACAGGUCCCUUCACUUCAACAUAUUAGACAGUUAUUGCCAAUGACGAGGUCUGUUACUGAAAUAAUUGCCGUAGAACCCAUCGGGUCUCUAACAGACAGCAAAGGAAAUAAAAUUAGUUUUGACAGCAUCGAUAAAAAGCAUGGAUUUCAAGUGACAGAUAAACAGAGAGUGAGCAACUGGGACAUAUUGGAGGGAAUGAAGAAUCCCGCUCCAUUGUCUUGGUCGUGGUUUGGGGCAGUUAGGUUAGAAAGAAAACCGCUGGCCUCAGAAGACACACAUCGACUGCUCAAGUAUCACACUCACAAUUUACAGAGACCGGCGUCCUACUAUCUAGAUCCACCCCCGUUGCCGCCCGAAGAUUUGGAGCCACUUCAAGAUAAACCAGAUUCCAAUCUGAAGGCCGAUACUCCCUCUUCGGUCGAUCAGAGUCCCAUCACGUUGGGUAAAGGUCGCGGUAAGGGUCAGAGGAAACCUCGAAAGCCGAAGUCGGUACCGGGGCCCAUGCAGGUGAACCCCAUGGUCGGUAUGCCUCAAGGCGCCAUGAAUUCUCAGCAACCCGGCAUGCAUGUACCGGUACCCACUGGGAAUCAACAAAUGGCACAUAAUAUGGGCUAUGGGCAAGGUAUGCCACCGCAGGGUCAACAGUACGGCGGGAAUCCGAACCAGCAGCAGUGGUACAACUCCCAGCAGCAACAGCAAAGUUACUAUCCGCCACAAAUGCCUAAUGUUGCGAGAUUCGAAAGACCUCCACUCAACCAGUCCAAACAGGCUCUAUCGAACAUGCUGAGGCAGAGGCAUCCGCUCAAUCAGUUCAUGACGCCCGGGCAGGGUGGGCCUGGUCAGAACCCAGCCGGGCCAGGGGCCUACCCUGCCAUGCAGAGAUUCCCCAGACAACCAAUGAGGCAACCUCUACCCGCCGCGAUGCAAUCGAACCAGGCCGCCAUGUUCACGCAACAAUACGGAGGUAUGCAGAACACGGUGAAUCAAUCGUACGGUAAUUAUCCGGGUAAUAACAUGAUGGGAAGUAAUAUUCCUAAUAACCAGCAAGUCAUGCAAGGUGGCGCCGGCGGUAUGUUCCCCGGGCAACAACAGGGUUUCAGUGGACAGCAGAGGGCGCAGCCGGAUUACAGGGGAAUGCCCCAGAAUCCAAGACAGCAGUAUAUGCAACAGCAGGUUCCCAACGUUACAAUGAACGCAAACAUGAACACCAUGGGCGGGAUGGGUGGACAACAGACGGGAUCAGUCCCGCCAUAUUCGAGACCUACCGCUCAGGGUAUGCAGCCCGGAAUACAGGGGCAACCGAAUCAAUUCCAACAGCAACAACAACAGCAGAGGAUGCGGCAGCAAAUGAUGGCGAUGCAACAGCAACAUCAAGGGGGUCCCCAAGGUCAGCAGCCCUCACCUAACCUCGUGUCACACCUCAGGCAAAUGCCCUACCACCAACAACCGCCUCCAUAUAAUAUGUAGGAAUAUAAUUACAUGUGAAUUUUUUUUAAUUUCAACAUAUUUUACGGUUUCUGGAGUAUUGUGAAGGUAAUACUCGAUUUGUAAGAGGGAUCGAUAGAAAUAAUUUUAUUUUAUUUUGAAUGUUUUAUAUUUUAUAUGAAUUUGAGAAUCGGAUAUUUUGAAUUAUAAUCUCUGAUGUUUUAUUUGUAUGUAUAUAUUAUGAAAAUAAUAAACUACCCGUGUAAUGGG